UUCUCUUUAGUUCGUGAUUCGUGUCAUUCGUGAUACAAAUUGAGUGAGGUUAAGUUAUCUAACGUACGAAGAAGAUAUACGAACUGCUAAAACUAUCGGCUGAUAUAAUUUUUAGGUAAUGACAGCUAUAAAAGUGCACGGUGGAAUCGAUAUUUUAAGGCUACCGGUAAACGAGGAGGAACAUGUUUGUCCUCCAUGGCGUAUCAAGUAUACCCAGUCUCACAUACUCCAUUCAAAGUGUUCCAAGAACGAGGAUGGCUGCGGUACCAACGACGCAAAUGCCUGUCAAUUUUGCGUAUAUAGUAAUGCGUUAGAAUUGCCACAUAUGCCAGACAUGGUGUUUCCCAAUAACGUGUUAUCCCUCAAGCAUCAGAAUGGAGCGUCGCUGCAAUUUAAUGCCUUGGAUGCUCUAAGAUAUGUUUCCAAUGGAAAGAUCAAUGUACAGCUUGCUUGUGCGGAAGCAUGGAAGGAAUCGAGAUCAGAAAGCAGUGAAUAUCUAGAAGAAAAGAUCAAGCCUUUUGACUGGACAUUUACUACCAAUUAUACUGGUACAAUAUCCGGCUUUAAAGUCGAAGAAACAAAUGAGAGAAUUGAUAUGGAUAAAUUAAAACAGAGAGAUAAGAUUAUGUUUUAUCACGAUUUAACAUUAUUUGAAGAUGAACUUCAUGACAAUGGCAUUGCAGCGAGUUCAGUCAAAAUUAGAGUCAUGCCUGGCAGUUUUUUUAUACUAUUGCGAUAUUUUCUUAGAAUCGAUAAUGUAAUGCUAAGAAUAAAUGACACACGUAUUUACCAUGAAAUUGGGAAAAAUUACUUAUUACGUGAGUUUACAUCACGAGAAGCUAAAGUUAAAGAUAUUCGUGUUUCGCCGGCACUCUUCCUGGAACCAAGCGCAAUAGCACCUCAUUUGCCAUUAACUGGAAGUCGAUACGACAAACUAAUGGUACCUGAAAAAGAAGAAGUUAAAUUACAUGAAGAUACAACUGCACAAAAUGAAACUAUGACUGAAAAGAAAUUAGUACAAUCUGAUGAACAUACGGCAGACAGUUCCAUCACCUAAGGCUUGCGCCAGGAUUUUGAUGUUGCACGAUGUAAUUUUGUCGUGCGCGCGCGAUAAAUGUAAAAAAAAUGAUACGAAAUAUAUUAUCAUACUCAAAUCAUUAAUUCUUGCUUGAACAUUUCGCGAAUAUAUAUGAUUUUAAAGAUGGAAAUCGAAAAACAAUAUAAGAAAGUUUUAUUGUCUCUUUAUCUGAAAUUUAUGUUAAGAAUUUAUCACAAUUGAUCUUAAUCGUGCUUGUCACUUUAGUAUCAUGUAUCAUAUCUUUCUCUUUCACUUGAUUUUUAAUAAAAACUAAUAAAAACUUAAGCAAAACUGCUGAAUUAACUUUUAACAAUGUGUUUCUUGAAUGGCACUAUAUGCUUACUCAUGCGGCGUCACAAUCAGCGAUGAGAAGAAUACAAUGAAUUUUGACACGACCUUCAAGUGACCUCGAGCACGAAAAAUCACGUUUAAACAGAGACAGAACGGAGACAGCAUAACGGGUCGUUGUGAAAUUUAGAACUUUGGUUUAUACCUUUGGUAAAUAGAUUUUAAGAGAAAUAUAAAAGUACAGAAAAACCA